AUGCUUUACGAAGUCACACACACAUCUUGUUAUCUGUGAAAUAAUACAUUUGUGGUAGCAGAAAAAUGUCUGUGCAUUACAAGCUAGAGGCUUAUGUGCCAAUCAACGCCCCUGCCGACAAAUACUACAACGUCUGCAAAAACCGGCCACACCACCUUCCCAACAUAUCGACGGAACGGCUUCAGAAUUGCCAAUUGCAUGGGGGAGGUAGUUGGGAUACUCAUGGCCAUGGUUCUAUUAAGACCUGGACCUAUACCAUAGGUGGCAAAGCGAAUCAGAGCUUCAAAGAAAGAGUUGAGUUCGAUGAUGCAACUAAAACUAUCACUCUGAUUGGGCUGGAAGGGGAUGUCUUCAAGGAAUUCAAACUCUACAAUGUCAUCUUUCAGCCAAUUCCAAAGGAUAGCAGCAGCUGUGUGGUGAAAAAUGUUAUUGAAUAUGAGAAACUGAGAGAUGAUGGUCCAGAUGCACAUAGAUAUCUGGAUUUCAUCGUUGGUAUUACUAAAGAUGUUGAAGCUCAUCUUGUGAAGGCAUGAAAUUAAGAAAAAGUAAUAGGUAAUUUCUAUCUGAAAAAUAAAUAAAUGCCUAUUACCUUAAUGUGUGUGUAAGGUGUGCUUAUGUGCUUUGGUUAUGUAUUAUUGUGAGCCUGCAUGUGUGAGAGAGCUUGUAAUAACGGGCAAGGCCCCGUAAUUAAUGAAUAAGCCAUUUCAUA